AAGGAAAAACAUACCAGAAUACAUAAAAUAACAAAGGUUUUAUAUUCAAGUCAAUACAGAUAUUAAAUGUUCAGGAUUUUGUUGGAUAUCUUUACUACAUUUAUAAACGUGUGUUCAUAUUAAUUAUUCGAAUCUCUGAAAUGUUAUCAGGGUUAAUAGGGUUUCAAUAUAAUAGCAGUCUUCCCAACUCGAAAUGUGCCCUACUACUAUUAUUUCGACCGUCACUGUACGUCUGGUAAUGUUUUUUUUGGCGCGCACUGCUCUCUCUCUCUCAAUCUCACUCACUCUCUCCGCUGCUGAUUUGCUCUCUCUCUCACGUUCGCCAUGUCCCACCCCCUCGCUCCAUUGUUGUUGCUUUAAGCAUGACAAAGCACCGUAGAAUUUCACAACAGGCCAAAGAGAACUUCAUUACGAUGUUCGUUUUGUUUUUCCACGAAACAACUGUUUACUCUGCUUCUGUCUCUGCCUCUGCUGCUGUCGCUGCCGCCUGUGCUUAUUUCAAUUUCUCUGCCAGCGUUAAAGUUGACGGCGCAGUCGGUGCGUUUACAAAUCGAUGCCAAUAGGUUUGCGACUGUUUGCCGAAACAGACGCCGAAACAGACGGAAACAGACGGUGCUCGCGAGCGGUUGUAACUAACGGUAAAGCUAUAGUACAUCUAUUGCGCGCGUAACGGGGAAAAAUACGGAGCAAUAAAAGCGCAACAGCGCCUCCCAAAUAGCGUAAAUGAAAAAUAGUAAACAAAGUGCUAAAUGAAAGAGAAUGAGACCCAGUCGACAGGACCCAAGAAGACGAUGUUGAUUGAGUGCAUUUCGCGUGACAUUCCCUGAGAGUUUUCUUAAGAAAGAAAGAAGAAAGAAGCAAAGCUCAAGUAGAGCUUCCCUAUUUAAAGCUAUAUAUAAAGCACACCCACCCAUUCACCGAUCGGUUGAGAGGCGUGGCAAAUGAACUUCAAUCCGGCCAGCGUGGUAGCCGCAGCAGCAGCAGCCGCACAUCAGACGUCCCACCAUCAUCAUCAUCCCUAUUUGAGCCACCAGCAAUUGCAACACCACCAAACCACCAUCCAACAGCAACAACAGCUAAUCCCGCUGCCUGUCGGCGGGGGAGGUGGAAAUUUAACAGUGGGGGGCGGCGGCGGCGGCGGCGAUAUAUCCCCCAAAAUCAUGGAGUGGACCAACGACGAUGCUCUGGAACUGAUCGAACAGUAUCGAUGUCACACGGAGCUGUGGAAUCGUGCCGAUCCAAAGUAUAAGGAUAAACUAUGCCGAUUCCGAGCGUGGUCGGAAAUAGCCGAGCGUUUUGGUUGCAGCAAGGCGGAGGUUGAACGGAAGAUGAACGUACUCCUAACUCAAUAUCGGCGGGAGAAACAUAAGAUGUUUGUUAAGAUAUACCAGGGCAUACAGCCCAAUCCGUCCAAGUGGUAUGCCUUCAAACGAUUCGAUUUCAUGGAGGCCGGCGGUGGCAGUUUAAGUGGCGGCAAUUCUGGUGGAUCGGGUGUUAAUGCCUCGAGCGGGAAUCUGGUGCCAAAUCCAGUUUCCUCGUCGGCAGCCGCCGCCGCCCACAAUGGUCUGAAUGGACUGGCGGCCGCGGCAGCGGCCUAUGAAAGCGGUACGAUUGCAGCAGCCGGUAAUGGAGGAGCACCACCCAGCGGACCAGGUGGCGCGGCGCCCGGUUCACAGCCCGCCAUGCAGCAUAGACGCAUUAAGACCAAAGAGCUGAAAUAUUUCGGAGCGAUGGGCCUGAAUAUACCCAUGCUGAUAGCGAGUAGUCAGACGCUGGACAGUUGGAAUACGGCGGGUCAGUACUCGCCGCCGAUAUCGGGCUCUGGAGGCGGUGGCUCCGAUCGUGGAGGAGGUGGUGGUGGAGUGCCACAGCAGCAGUUGCGAGUACCUCUGCCCAUGAGCUAUCAUGGAGGAGCUGGUGGUGGCAGCAGUAGUAGUGAGUUCCAGCAGAGUCCUUUGAAAACCAUGGAUACCUCAGACAAUGAGGAUAACAAUAAUACCAAGGAAGAUGUGGCAGCGGCAACAGCAUUGGGUCAACUGUCCGCGAAGGUGGAGCUACGAUCGCCAGCGGGCGGUGGUCCUGGGGGAGGUGGCUCAAGCAGUAGGGAAGCCAACGAUCCAGCCAGCGAUCCCAUUAAAUCCGAUCGAACCCUGAGCGAAGCCGGCAGCAGUCCCAUACCGAAUACCAACAUGCACGAGGCGCACAAGAAUCACCUGCUUAACAGUCCAGUCGGAGGAAGAGCUGUUACCCCCAGGCAGGCGCACGAGCAGAUGCACCAUCAUCCACACACGCAGCAGCACCACCUGCAGCAGCAGCAACAACAGCAGCAGCAGCAACUGCAACAGCAACAACUACAGCAGCAACAUUUAGCAGCAGCUCAGCAGUUGCAUCAUGGCCAUGAGGAACUCGACAUCAAGCAGGAGCUAGUCGACUAUUUCCAUGGCCAAGCAACUGGCGGCGGUGUUGGCCCUGCACCACCGCCACCACCCGAAUCGCAUCGUUCCUAUAGUUCAGCGGGCGAGGAGAGUCGACUUCAGUUGGCGGACAUGGCCCAGGAUCUGCGGGUCGCUCAGGCGAAGGCCAAUUUUGGAGCUUUUGUUCUGCCACCCAGAGGUAGCGAUGCCAGCACACCCGCGAUGCCUUUAAAUAUGCGAAAACUAACUGGUGCUGGGAGUGCGGGUCAUAUGCUAAUGAAUUCGCUGCUUGGUUCGAGAGAGAGUAUGUCGGAUGGCGAGGAAGCCGAUCCGGAUAACGACGAGGCCACCGAAUCGGCCGCUAGUCCCGGACACAUCAAGAGCAGUGUUUCCGCCCAGGCGGCCGUUGCAGCCUCUGCUUUUUACGCCGAGUCGUUAAAUCGAGAUGAUUGCGAUUUUAUUGGUUCGAAUGUAUCCCUUAAACUGAGAACCAUGGAUCGCACCCAAAGGAUCAUUGCGGAGAAGCUAAUAAGUGAGGUGCUGUACUAUGGUCAGUUCAAUGAGCUGGAACGCUCCGCGCGGAUACAGCCCAAGUGACAGUGGCGCCCCAAGAAGUGGACGACGGCUCCAAUGGGUAACGGAAGUGGUGGGGCCUUGGGUCUGGGCAUCGGUGUGGGUCUGAGCAGGAUCAGGCUGGGCAGGAGCCUCCUUGCCCCGCAGCAUGGCAAGUGAAUUCCAUUUGAAAUAGUCAACAGAUAUAAAAAACAGAAACCAAUACAGAAAACAGUACAACUUAUUUUUAGUUUGGCCAGGAUCGGGGUCACCACUUGUACAAAGCUUGGCAGAUAAAAGUGGCAGCGUUACUUAGGCGGAGAGAGAGUGGAGAAAGGGGAGACGAAAGCAAAGAAGAGCUGGGAGAAAGGUACUUAUUAUAGAAGAGGGAGAGAUGAAGGUGUUUUUUUUGUUUUAGAAUUUCAAAAUUAAAUCGUUUUUAAUGUCCUGCAAAGGCUUGUUAAAGGAAUAAGAUUUGAAGAGUAGAAAAUAAAAUAAUAAAUAAAUAAACUGUCACAAUGUCACAAUUUGAAUAGUUUUUAAAAAUUUUGGUUGACAAACUUUCAUCCAGCAUCUCUCCCUGAGUUAAAAUACAAAAAGGAAACAUAAAACACAAACCAAAGUUACUUUCUAUUCUGUUCGCGAAGGGCUGCAUGCUUUUGUGUCCACAACUUCAAUAUUAAACUAAAUAAAAUACAUAGAUACUAGAUAGGUUAGAAUGGGUCUGGAAAAAUGGGGUCAACGAUACGCCUGAGACAUCUAACUAGCAGAAUCUCAGUAUUACUUAUAAAAUACACUUUACAUAGAUAACAGGAUUAACAAGAAAUAAUAAGGAUAUGAAUCAAAGCAUUUGCCAUAGAUCGAUUCCUUGGGGCCGAUCGUCCACUUCUGGGUGUUAACUGCCCGUCAUUUUGACCUCGCUCUAGAAAAGAAAAGAAAAGAGUAAGAAAAACUUAUCGCAAAGACAAGGAAAAGCGGCUGCUAAAAAGUCAAAGCUCCAAGUUUGGGCACCACUGAAAAAACUCAAGUUCCCGAAUUGCUAAACCUAAACCGUUGAGAAGAGCACUUGUGUAAGAACCUAUAUGUUUUCUAUAUAUAUCUGCAUAUGGGUAUAUGUAUAUGUAAAUGGAUUAAAAAUAUAUAAUAUAUAUAUAUCAUUGUACCUUAUUUUGAAACAGAGAUGUUUUCUUAGUCAAUUAAGUCUGGUCGUCGAAGAGUCACCAAUCCAAAACCCAACAACUGAAACAAACCAACAAGCAACAACAGCAAACUUUUACCUAUAUUAUAUACAAAUACUGUCGUCACUAGUUCGUUAAAGAAACAACAACAACAAAAACAAAAAGCAAAAACUUAUUGUACAUUUUCGUGUUUAUUUUUUUAGGUCCUAAUGAUUUUUGCAUAAUAUUUAAGUAGUUUUUAUUUUUAUAUGCAAAGCAAAGCAGAGCAAAAAACAGAAACAUUGAAUUAAUUUAUAUGAAUAUAUAUAGAUAUAUAUGUAUAUGUAUAUGGUACGUAUGUAUACCUAAUAAAAUAUGGGCAAAUUAGUUAGUCACAUAAACGAGAGAAAGAGAUAGAUGGUUAGUUGAGGAUGAUGAAAUGCAGUUUGGCUUUUGCUGCUGCGUUUUUUAGCCGUAGUUUUUACCUUAGCCUAGAAAAAAAUCAAAAGAAAAAACCAACGAAAGUCCAAACUGAAUAGAAAAAAGUCAUGUGUAAAAAACAAAACUGAAAAUUAGUUGUGAAUAAAUGAAUUGUCUAUAAAAUUAGCGAGAAUUUGAUUGGCAUCGUUGUGCUAGCGUAUGUUGGUGUGAGUGAGUAUGGAAAUUAAACCAAAAUUAGUUUUUCCUGAAUGUGUAAACAGAAGCUAAAAAGAAAACAUAAAUAAAUGUGUGUACCUAUUUGUCUGACAAGCAUUGUAAA